AAAAAUUAAAUGUUUAUCAAUUAAAUAGAUUUAAGAUAGUUAAUUUUUUAUUUACUCAUUAAAUAUUUACUAACUUUUUUAAAAAAUCAUAUUAGGAUAUAAUCAAAUUGAUCUUACCCAUUUUUAAGUAUAAAUAUCUUCCUUGCAUGUUAAGAAUCUUUAAUUUCCUAAAAAAAAUAUUGUUUUAUUUUUAUUUUCUUAACUGUCACAAGCCCACAUGCCUCACAUGCAUUGUCAUCAUCUUUGACCAAUACAUAAGACCAAGGAAUUUUUAUUUAUUGCCUUAUAUCGUGACCAUUUACCCGUUUGAUUAUAAAUACUCUCACCUACUUUCCAAUUUAACGAUACCCUUAUCACAAACAACCAUAUUCAUACAACAAAAAUCCAUGGAAAUGGAGAAAAUGUACUUGUACCCAUCUCUUUUUGCAAUAAUAAUCUUCCUUUACAAAAUCCUAUGGCCCUCUAAAGAAAAGGACAAGAACCUCCCACCAAGUCCACCAUCAAGUCCUAUAUGGGGCCACCUACACCUACUCAAACCCCCUUUCCACAAAAUACUCUUAACCCUCUCAGAACGUUACGGUCCAAUCUUCUCCUUGCGUUUGGGUUUUCAGCCCCUUUUGGUUGUCUCUUCUCUAUCGGCCGUCGAGGAAUGCCUCAAUAGAAACGACAUUGUAUUUGCUGACCGACCUAAGUUCAUUGUGGGUGAAGUUUUAGGAUACAACUCUUCCAUCCUUAUAUGGUCUCCAUAUGGGGACCAUUGGAGGAAUCUCCGACGUAUUGGGGUCUUAACAAUGUUUUCUGUUCGUAAGCUUAAUGAAGCAAGCCCCACCCGAAAAGCUGAGAUCCAUAACAUGAUCUUAGAUCUUCUAACCGAGUCCGAGGGUGGGACCCAAAAAGUGAACUUAAAUAAAAUAUUUAAUAAGGUAGCGCACAACUUUGUGAUGUGGGUAGUAAAUGGGAAGCCAUGGGAUAACAUGGAUUUGACACCUCCUAGUUCUAUGACAAUGUGUGAUUUCUUUCCCAUUUUGAGGUGGGUAGGUUUUGGGGGGAUAGAGAAGAAUUUGAAAAAGCUUUGGAAGAAGAGAGAUGAGUAUUUACAAAAUUUGCUUGAUGAGUGUAGAGAAAGUAUUAGAAGAGGAUCAUCUUGUGGUGAAGAAGUUGUGACAAAAAAUUUAAUUGAACAAUUGCUAGACUUGCAGGAAGCGGAACCUGAUUGCUACACAGAUGAAUUUAUCAAAAGCUUCAUUUUGAUGCAACUGCUAUCCGGAUCAGAAACAACAAUUCAAACCUUGGAGUGGGCAAUGUCAAACCUCAUAAACAACCCAAAAAUCAUUGCAAAAGCAAGGGAAGAAAUUGAUCUAAUCGUAGGCAAAGGAAGACUCGUAAACGAAUCUGAUGUACCGAAAUUGAGCUACAUACGUUGGAUAAUGUAUGAGACUUUAAGACUUUUCCCACCUGCACCACUAUUAUUCCCACAUUACUCGUCCAAAGACUGCACUAUUGGAGGGUUCCAUGUAAAAAAAGGUACUAUGCUCUAUGUCAAUGCUUGGGCGAUACAAAGGGACCCUAGCCUAUGGGACGAGCCGAAUGUGUUUAAGCCAGAGAGAUUUGCUUAUGAGAUCGAGGGGUACAAGUUUUUGCCCUUUGGAAUUGGGAGGAGGUCUUGCCCGGGGAGCGCCUUUGCUAUUAGGAACAUCACUUUGACUUUGGCGACUCUUAUCCAAUGUUUUGAUUGGGAAGCACCUAAGGAUGGAUUAGUAGACUUGACCGUAAAGAGUGGUGUUAAUAUUGGUCCUAAGGAAAAGCCUUUAGAGGCAAUUUGCCACCUUAGGUAUUCAAUAGUGGAUGUCGUUGCGAAACUCAAAGUUAAUUAACUAUUUUUAGUUGGUUAAGAAAAAAAAAAGAAAAAAAAUAAUAAUUUUAAUUGUUAGCUAGUAAAAUUAAGGGGAUAAUUUUCAAGUUUGGAUGGAUGAUCCAUUUGCGUUUUAUAUUUUAUGACUUUAUUUAUAAGUUGUUGUAUACCCUUAAUUAAAUAGCAAGCUAAAACGUUUAUUCUACUUACCUUAUUACUCUUUAUUACUCAUUUCUAUGUUAUUAUGUAUUGUUUAAUAAAUUUAACUAUAUUUUAUACGCCAAGGGAAAGGGUUUGGUGUCCUCCUUAAAAGACCAUAAUAACUAUAUUGGCUUAUAAUACAAUGUUUAAUAAAAAAAAAAAAAAUCUAAUCUGCCAUCUUCUUUUACAAUUUAGUAACUUUCUAAAUCAAAUAUGUGUUUCUUUGUUUAAAAAUUUCCUAUUAUAAAUUUAACUGAAUAUGUUUUCCAAUCAACUAAAUUAAAAUUUUCCUUAUUAAAACAAGAUUAUAUUCUUCCAUGUAUGUAUAAAAAUAUUCUUGGGUAUAAUGUUUAUCCUUCUCUUAACUAAGAUCAUGUGCUCCAUUUAUUUAAUAUUAUGUUCGUAUU